CGAGUUUUAGAGAUAUUAAACAAAUAUGCCCCUGAAAUUACCAUUAAAGUGACUGGAAAUUCAAACUCCUGGAUUACCAAAGAACUUAAAUAUAAAUGUCAUGAGCGUGAUUCUCUCUAUAAGAGAGCAAAAAGAACUAAAAAUCAAGAUUUACUUGCUCUUUAUAAGGAUAUGAGAAAGAAACUAAAAUUAGAAUUAAAUAAUGCUCGUGAAAGCUAUUUAAAAAGUCAACUAACUACUGUAUCACCUGAUAUUGUUGAUGUAACAAAAGCUCUACAUCUAACACUUCAAAAGACAAAAGGGAAAAGUCCUGAUGGCUUAAAUCUGAGUUGGUUACUAAUCGAAGCAAUUAGAUUAGUAACAAUUGAUGGGAUUGCUGAUUGGGCUAUAGAUCAUGGAUUACAGGUAAACUUAAAUAAAACAAAAUCUUUGAUAAUAGGGUCAAACAGUAAACUAAAAUCAUUAAACAUUGACUCGCUACCACCCAUUAUUAUCAACAAUGUUCCUUUACCGUAUGUAAGCCAAACAAAAUGUCUGGGCUUAUCGUUAAACAAUGAUCUCUUAUGGAAAAAUUAUGUUUCACAAACUGUUAGAAAAGUAAAUGCUGUUCUCUAUACAUUAAAAAGUCGGAAAAAUAUUUAUACUACUGCUAUCAGAAAACUUCUAGUCACUGCAACUAUUCUUCCUCUUAUUGAUUAUUGUACUGUAGUGCUUAUUGAUGCCACAGCUGACAAUAAUCUAAAAUUACAGCGAGCAUUAAAUAGUUCAAUACGAUUUAUUUAUAAUCUAAAGAGAGAUGAACAUAUUACUCCAUACAGACGUAAAUUAAAUUGGUUAUCUGUGAAGUCAAGACGUCUAUAUUAUUUAAUCACUUAUUAUUAUAAACUAUUGCAAACAGGAAAACCUAGUUACCUUAGGGAAUUAUUUGUUGAAGAUGAAGCUAGACGUUCUGAAAGAUUAGCUAUAAAAACAAAUAAUGUAAAUUUUGAAUUGCCAAAUUUUUCUACAAAUUAUCUUGAAAAUUCAUUUGUAGUAACUACAAUACGUUUGUGGCAAAAUUUACCUGCAGAAAUUGCGAAUGCAAGCAGUCUAGAAGUGUUUAAAACAAAGAUCUAUGACUAUUUCUUGGAACUUGACUUUCAG